CCAGUGCAAACAUCAAGUCAAAAUGACCAAAACAUCUUCAACUGGAAAUGGAAAGUGAGUUGUGUUCACUGGUUCAGUUAUAAAUGAGGACGUCAUCGUUCCAAACUCCAACUAAGUUAGCGGAGUAGUUAAAGUAUAGUUUCAAGAACUUGGCAGUCAUCGAAAACAAGUGCAAAAUUGAAACAUUAUUAUUUAAAAAGAGUUCCACCAAAGUAGUGAAGAAAUAAUUUUACCAUCAUGUCUGAGAAAACCGGCAAGAAAGUGAAGAGUUCAGAACCUUCGGCUAUUGGAAAGUUCUACCUUAUAGCUUACAAUGGUGUGCAAACUGCUGGGUGGUCAUAUCUUCUUUGGCAAACUCUAACUCAUUUUUUAAACCGUGGAACUCUGGACACUUUUUGGAAUGAAAUCAACUCUACAGUUGUCAUUUUUCAAACUGCUGCAGUUUUGGAGGUGCUGCAUGCAGCUAUUGGCCUAGUGCCGUCUGGAGUGUUUGUGACCCUCGCACAAGUAUAUUCCAGGGUGUUCCUGGUGUGGGGGGCUCUCCUUGCUACUCAGGGAGCCACCGUCAGCCCCGGGCUUCCAUUGUGCAUAUUAGCAUGGUCUAUUACAGAGAGCAUUCGCUAUGCAUACUAUGCUCUUAAUUUAGUUAAGGCGGUACCAUCGUGGCUCUUGACUCUGAGAUACUCAACCUUUUUGGUCCUGUAUCCAUUGGGCGUAACUGGAGAGCUACUCUGCAUGUACCAUUCAUUAGAUGAAAUCUUGGCGAACAAGAUAUGGACUGUAUCCAUGCCCAACUCCUGGAACUUUUCAUUUAACUACUACUAUUUCUUGCAAUUCUAUAUGUUCUUGUACUUGCCACUCUUCCCCGUUCUGUUUGGGCAUAUGAUGAGCCAGAGGAAAAAGAUGUUGAGCAAAGACAAAAAGACAAAGUAAUGUAAUAGUUCUGUUGGCAUUUUUAAAGCACUAUGUGCAAUGGGUGGAAGAUUUAAUCGAACUUGUCAUAUUGAUAGGCUUCAAUUAGAUUCUUAAUUUAUUUAUGUUUGUUAAGAGAUUUGUAAUUUGUUGCUGAGAUCUAAAAUACCUUUUAAGUAGUAAGUCAAUGAAUAUAGUUUUGGUGUGGUGUAUAAUAUACAAUGGCAUAUUAUAUUUCAUUAGUUAUUUUUUAAUGGGUUAUUGAAUAAUAAAUAUUUGCUUUAACACUGAA